CUCUUGGGAGGCGGGACUUGCCGGAAUACGGGUAGGAAAGAAAGAAGUCGGUGUAAAAGUCCUAGUGUCUCAAUAUGGCUGGAGCGUCUUCGGUUGCCGGUGAAGUGUUUGUUGACGCUUUGCCUUAUUUUGACCAGGGUUAUGAUGCGCCAGGUGUCAGAGAAGCCGCUGCCGCUUUGGUGGAGGAGGAAACCCGGAGAUACAGACCUACAAAAAAUUACCUGAGUUACCUGACCACGCCGGAUUUUUCAGCUUUCGAAACCGAGAUCAUGAAGAACGAGUUUGAGAGACUUGCUGCACGCCAGCCCUUGGAGCUUCUCAGCAUGAAGAGAUACGAGUUGCCUGCCCCGUCAUCAGGCCAGAAGAAUGACAUGACUGCGUGGCAGGACUGCGUGAAUAACUCGAUGGCUCAGCUGGAGCACCAGGCGGUGCGCAUAGAGAACCUGGAAGUCAUGGCGGAGUACGGCACCAACGCCUGGAAGGUGUAUAACGACAACUUGGCCUUCAUGAUCGAAAACGCACAGAAGGAGCUGCAGAAGGUUCGGAAGAACAUUCAGGACUUAAACUGGCAGCGAAAGAACGAUCAGCUCACCGGCGGAGCCAAACUGCGUGAACUGGAGUCUAACUGGGUGUCCCUCGUGAGUAAGAACUACGAGAUCGAGCGAGCCAUCGUGCAGCUGGAGAACGACGUCAGCCAGAUGAGGCAGCAGCAGGGAGAAGAGAACAAGGAGAACAUUCGACAGGAUUUCUAAGUGACAAGCCUGUCCAGUGCAAUCUGGAACAACAGAUGGGUGCUCUGUCAAAAAAAAAAAAAAAAGACUCCAACUCUGCAGAAAAGACAUUUCCACGAAGAGCAUGGAGUUUGUUUCCAUACUGUGAAGUAAGCAGAGGAAAUGUUGUCGAAGGCCCGGAUAACGGCGAAAGCUCCACCGCACAGUACAGUUCAGCAAAACGUCUUCAGUUUAAUACGUUUGUGUUUUUCUUGUGUGAAUUUUUUUAUAGAAAACAAUAAAAGAAAUUUUUAAACAUAAAAAAA